UGUUACUAUGAUUAUUAUAUCACGAUCACGACUGCCAAAAAACGCUUAGCAAUUCAUGAACGUGCUCCAAGUUUCUGGAGCAUUCUAUAUCAUUCUAGACAUACCUCAAGACUGCUAAAGACACCGGUGUAAAAUAGUGAAAAAUCAGUUGGCCAACAGCUACCCAGAGUUUCACUUGUCACGAUUUUUUUCCCUUCCCUUCGAUCAGGGAAUCAUUCAAUAAACAGACAAUAGAAGUUAUUAAAAAAGUUGGGAACACGGGGUGCACAUCACAACAGUAGAAGCCACGAGAUCUCAGAGAAACCAGAAAAAAGUGAUAUCUCUAAUUUUUCGUCCACGCUGAUAAUCAUCAUUGCAUCAGAAAAUACGCAGCGUAAUGUCACAGGUGACCACAUUGAAGGACAAAGGGAACGCAGCGCUCCACGAGAACAAGUACGAUGACGCGAUAAAAUAUUACACUGAAGCAAUAAACCUGGACAAAGAUAAUCACGUGCUGUACAGUAAUCGUUCAGCAGCGUAUGCAAAAUCCGGUCAGUACGUCAAAGCCCUGGAGGAUGCAGAGCGGACGAUAUCCCUAAAAACGGAUUGGGCAAAGGGAUACUCUCGUAAGGGCAGUGCCCUUGCAUAUCUUGGACGCCUAGACGAGUCAAUAAAGGCAUACGAAACAGGUCUCCAGCUGGACCCGGCCAACGCUCAGAUAAAAGAAAGUCUGAGCGAGGUAAAAUCUCAAGAGGCCUCCAUGAGUCGUUCUAAUCCCUUCAACUCUAUAGGCCUUUACGAAAAACUACGAAAUGACCCUCGAACGAAAGAUUAUCUCGAUGAUCCAGAGUACAUGCGAAUCCUCAAAGAGCUCCAGACAGACCAACGUAGCCUGCGUACACACAUGCAGGAUCCCAGAGUCCUGGAAACACUCUACGUACUUUCAAAUUUCAAUGUAAUGGACACAGACGCUGCUGGACUGGAUGAGUCAAUGGAGGUCGAUCCCCCACGUCAGCCUCAGGAGGAAAAACCCCAGGAAAAGCCCCCGAAAAAACCACAGAACGAUUUGACACCAGAGAAACGUGAGGCACUAGUUGAAAAACAGAAAGGCAAUGAGAGUUAUAAGAAGAAGGAUUUCGAUAAUGCACUGGUUCAUUACAACAAAGCUAUUGAGCUCGAUCCAACGGAAAUAACGUAUUUACUGAAUAUUGCUGCUGUGUAUUUCGAGCAAAAAGAAUAUUUGAAGUGUAUCGAGCAGUGUGAAAAGGCCAUUGAAGUUGGACGUGAGAAUCGAGCUGAUUUCAAACUCAUUGCCAAGGCCUUCACCCGAAUUGGAAAUGCUCACAAACGAAUGGGGAAUCUUAAACAGGCCAAGGUCUUCUAUGAGAAGUCCAUGUCGGAGCACCGGACUCCGGACAUAAAAACACUACUGUCUGAUAUUGAGCAGAAGAUUAAGGAGGAGGAGAGGCGAGCGUUUAUUGACCCCACCAAGGCUGAGGAGGAGAAGGAAAAGGGAAAUCAGAAGUUUAAGGACGGGGAUUAUGCUGGCGCUGUCAAGCACUACUCUGAGGCAAUUGCUAGAAAUCCAGAUGAUGCCAAGUACUACAGCAACAGAGCUGCCUGUUACACGAAACUUGGUGCCUUUGAUUUGGGGCUGAAGGAUUGCGAGAAGUGUGUCGAGUUGGAUCCCGAGUUUGUUAAAGGGUGGGUAAGAAAGGGAAAGAUUCUUCAGGGCAUGCAGCAACACACCAAGGCUCUCAAGGCUUAUCAGACUGCUCUGGGGCUUGAUCCUAAUAAUGCGGAGGCCUCUGAGGGAUAUCGCAGCUGCUCGGUUUAUUAUGAUUCCAAUCCAGAGGAGGUCAGAAAGAGGGCUAUGGCUGAUCCUGAGGUUCAGAGCAUUCUCAGGGAUCCAGCUAUGAGACUCAUCCUAGAGCAGAUGCAGAAUGAUCCCAAGGCCCUCCAAGAUCACCUGAAGAAUCCAGCGAUUGCCGAGAAACUCCAAAAACUGCUGGAGUCUGGGCUCGUCGCCAUCCACUGAUAAUUCCACGGGGUGAUCACCUUCGAAUAAAUUUGAAGAACUGCAAACGGUUCAUAAUCAUCGCAAUUCUUUCUACAGAGAUGUCAGAGGUCCACCAAGACAUCAGAUUGGUGCCACAUUUGUUGGGCCAUCUCAAUGACACUGCACAUUUAUUAAGGUUUAUUUUAUCUCCUGUUGCUUGUCAUUCAAAUAAACAAGUAUAACAGUG